AUGAAACAAGUUACCCUUGGUGGUUUUCUUACCAAAAGACCAAGACCUAAUCUUAAUGAAAGUGGUGAAGGAUCUUCCCAAACACCAAUCACCAACCAAUCAAUUCCUUCGGUCUCUAAUGCAAUUCCACAAACACCAUGCUCUAAUGAAACUAAUGAUGGUGUUGAUUUGAAAGAUCUUCCAAAGGACCCGGCGGAUAGGCCAAUGAUUACAAGUUAUGCCUCAAAUAUAAGAGAUGAUGUAAGAAGGGCAAAUUUGCUUCAAGGACCUUGUCAAAUAAGGCUACAUAAGUUUCCAAAAAAGAAAAUAGGUGAUAGAUUAAGAAGCUUUGUUCCUUCAUGGUUUAACGAUUUUGAUUGGUUAGAAUAUAGUGUGAAAAAUAAAAAAGCAUAUUGUUUAUAUUGUUAUGUAUGUGGAGACCUCAUGGGACAAAAAGGAGGGAGAGAUGCAUUUGUUUCUCAAGAAGUACUUUUGAGUAUUCGUCAAGAGAUUGGUCAAGAUGUAUUCGCUUUAUUGGUUGAUGAAUCUAGCGAUGUCUCAAAAAAGGAACAAAUGGCUAUUGUUUUGCGAUAUGUUGAUAGUCUUGGCUUUGUGAAAGAAAGAUUCAUUGGAGUUGUGCACGUGAAGGAUACAUCCUCUUUGACACUCAAAAACGCCUUAAAUGAAGUACUUACAAGUAAUAAGUUGAGUUUUAGUCAGAUAAGAGGACAAGGUUAUGAUGGGGCGAGCAAUAUGCGAGGGGAAUUCAAUGGUUUGAAAGCUUUGAUAUUACAAGAGAAUGACACAGCUUUUUAUGUACAUUGCUUUGCACACCAACUUCAAUUGGUGGUUGUAGCUGUAGCAAAGAAGCAUGAUGGUGUUAGUGACUUUUUUGAGCAAAUUUCGUUGGUGGUUAAUGUUGUUUGUGCCUCGUGUAAAAGAAAAGACAUGCUACGGGAACAAGCAAGACAAAGGGUGCAAAAAGGCUUAUGUAGUGGUGAACUUGAAACGGGAAGAGGGUUAAAUCAAGAGACUACACUUGUUCGGGCGGGAGAUACAAGAUGGGGUUCACAUUUCAACACACUCACAAGUCUGGUGAAGUUGUUUGCGGAUGUUCUUGUGGUUUUAGAAUUUGUGAAAGUGGAUGGAGGGUCAUUGGCAAACCGCCAACAAGCGUCCGGAAUUUUAGCAUAUUUUCAAUCUUAUGAGUUCGUGUUUUACUUGUAUAUGAUGUAUGACAUUUUACACCUCACGGGUACAUUAUCAAAGCAACUUCAAAAAAAAGAUCUAGACAUUCUAGAAGCGGCUUCGAUGGUUAGAGGGACAAUGGACGCAUUGCAAUCUUUAAGAGACACGGGGUUUGCUACCAUUUUGCCAAAGGUAUCCUCUUUUUGUCAAACACACAAUAUUGCUACUCUGGAAAUGCAGGAUUUUUAUAUUGGUGCGAGAAACCGUACGACCACAAAGACCAAUAGAUUUCACUUUGAGGUUGAAAUCUUCAACACGGUGGUAGAUAUGCAACUGACAGAAUACCGGGAUCGAUUUAGUGAAACAAGCACCCAGUUACGAGAAUACAUGGGUGCUUUGAGCCCUUGUGAUUCAUUUUCACAAUUUGACAAAUCAAAGUUGUUGAAGUUGGCUAAGUUGUACAAGUAUGACUUUGAUGAUUCGGAUUUGAUAGAUCUUGAAGGACAACUUGAGAUAUUUUAUCACUCUUCCAUCAAAGAUGAGCGUUUUACCACUUUGAAAGGAAUUUUCGAGCUUUCUCGUUUGAUGGUUAGUACGGGGAAACAUCGGUCUUAUCCUUUGGUUUAUAAGCUUUUAAAGUUAGCUUUGAUAUUACCCGUAGCAACCGCUAGUGUAGAAAGAUGUAUUUCGAAGAUGAAGCUCCUGAAGACCGACUUACGCAACAAGAUUGGCGAUGAGUUUUUGAACGAUGCGUUGCUUUGCUAUGUUGAGACCGAAGCACUUGUGAAAGUUGAUAAUGAAAAGGUAAUGGAACGGUUUCAAAAGAUGUCCGCACGAAGAGGACAAAUUUAA